CUGAUAGAUGGCACUGACUGGCAUCACUGCUGGGCACUGACUGGCGGCACUGACUGGCACAACCCCUGGGCACUGACUGGUGGCACUGACUGGCAGCACUGGUGGGUGGCACUGGUGGAGUGGCACAGGUGGGUGCACUGCUGGGCACAGGUGGGUGCACUGCUGGGCACAGGUGGGCGGAGCUUGCGGGUGGCACUGCUGGGCACCGAUCAUCAGGGCACUGAUCAUCAGUGCCCUGAUGAUCGGUGCCGAUCCCCGCUCUGACAACUGCCGGUUCUCGGCAGUACUUUCCUCAUGAUCUGACAGCGUGAGGAAAGUGCAGCCGAGAACCGGCACUUGCAU